AGCAACCACUUUAAUUCAACCACGAUCUCAAAAGUAGCGGUAGACACCGCUAAUCGGCCGAGACCGUACUGCGCAACCUCCUUGGCACGAGGUUGGCAUUCAUCGCCAGAAACAAAAUGGCGGUCAGCUUUGAAUAGAGAGUUUUUGCUUCGCCUGCCCGCUGUUAGUAUGUGAGUCAUUGAGUUUUGAUAGGUGUGAAACAAUUCUUCCUCCGUGCAAUAGCUGCGAACUUGGACAGGAAACUUGUCAAGGGAAAGGACUCGACAGAAUCGAACAGGAAACUGUAACAAUAGUGCGUUAUGAUGCAAGCAAACAGGUAUGGACAGAUGGAGUGAAAUUGCAAUUACUGCCAACGCCUUCUAUCAACUGGGAGAGUUAGCCGUGUGUACCACCGGACUGAAUCUCAUCGAGGGCGGACUAGCAUACAAUCAUUACGGGUGUUACUGCGGCUUAGGAGGGGCCGGGACGCCGUUGGAUGCAACAGACACUUGCUGUUACGUUCACGACAACUGCUACACGCAUAGUCCAUGUUCCAUCAACGUGUUCCAGUACUCCAUCCCUUACAAAAAGAGCGUGAGUUCGUGUGGCACCGCCGAUGCAACCAUCACGUGCAAAAAAGCCUCCGACUAUCCUUGGUAUUACGGGAGUGAGAAGGACUGUGCUGAAGCGAUCUGUAACUGCGACAAAGACCUCGCUUACUGCUUCAGGGAGACACGGUCAACCUAUAACGAGGCCUAUCGCAACUGGAGCAACUCCAAAUGCUAGGCAUAUAGCAGUAACGAAGAAGCACGACUGUGUAUCGAGUUGUAGUAGGCCUGUAGCUUAGGCCCGGUCUGGCGCCAAAUAUAGUUUACUUUGCAUACAUUGAAUUAAAGUAAGUCUUUUCUGUAACCUUGACAAGGCAUAUUAGCCUUUUAGAGGUAUGGCGGACACAAUAGGAGGGCGCUGUUUGGUUUUGUCUUUGCUUCAAAUCCACCACUUCAAAUAGCGCCCACCUGUUGCUUAGGCCAUACUUCUGCAAGGCUGAUGGCGUUCUUUUCAUUCGACAUUUAACAUUAUAGUGUCUCUAACCAUUCUUAUAAGAAUCAAAUAUGGCCUUGUAACAUCCAAAGAAGAUUUCUUUUCACAAAUUAAAGUAAGACACUUCACGUUAAUUAUGGUGUUUAAUGAUGAGUUACUUGUGUUUGGUUACAGAGCAAUUGGUCUCUCAUAAAUUUUGAAAAAAAAAACAGCUGGCUGAUAAUGUACACGAGAUUGAAGCAAUACUAGCCGUACUGGCAAGCAUAUAAUGUAAUACAAUGCAUCUCUGUAAUCUAAAGGCGUAACACCUUCCAAGUUUGUACAUUGAAUUACUUUUUAGCGCAAACGAGCUCUUCAAAGGAAUCUCACAUUAUUGGUUUGUAAAAUAUUACACAUUAGGUCAACUUCAAAUUUUGAACUUAGAUUUUUAAGCAGUCACUGAGGUAAUACGCUAAGGAGCGAAGAAUUUUCCUAUAGGGACUGAGAUAAUAGUUUUAGUUCAAAAAGAUAAAGUGAUUCUCAGAAUCCGUGAGAGAGGUAAAUAGUAAUUUUUCUUCAGAGCUCGGACGGUCUACAAUGUGAAGUUUAAAAGCAUGAUGUGCUAACCUGUACUGGUUAAUAAUAUUAGUUCUACUUGACAGAGGUGCAUAUUCUAAUUGUAUUCUCCAUGUGGUCUGAGAGUUGCGAAUAGAGUCACUGAGCUUUCCCCUGGAAAAUGUUAAAAUAUAAGGAAAAAAAGGGAAAAAAUGGACAGAGGGUGAAAACCCUAGUUUGCAUGAAAAUACUUUGGAGUGAACUCUAGCCUGGACUUGUCAAUGUGGUAUCGUUUAACGAUCUUUGACACGCUUCCUAGAGAGAGCCAUGCAGCUUUCUGGCAACAUCCAUGAACGGAGUUACUGGAAAUCUUAAGCCUACUGCUCAGAAAUAUUAGCAACGAACAACGACCUUAAUUAAAUUGGACCAUGACUACGGUG